AUGACACAGCGGCUCAUAGGUUCUGCGGUGCGGGAACUGGCAGAAAGCCUUAUUGACGACUAUGAGAAUAUUGAGGACAUGCGUCAUCAUUCGGUGGCUGCGAAAGCGAAAGCCGAGAUCUGUAAGCUUCGAGAAGCGGGACGUCCGGAAGAGGCAGACUGGCUCACGGAAACAUUACGGUGUCACCGUGACAUUCGCAAUAUACCCGACAGGUUCGAAGUUACUAUUUGUCCGGGAAAUGGACGAAAAGAAACCUGGUCUUUGGUGUCAGUGUGUGAUCCUCUACGUCAAGAGGACUCACCUUCUCAAAGGCCAGGCGCCAAUCCUUUUCUUGAAGGACCAUAUGCUGAAGGCAGUCCUGAUCCGCUCUCGCAUCAAAACGAAAACGCGAUGCAAUUCAGGCCAUCGACCACGGACACAGUCCUCCCAAGCAUGAACGAAAACGUCACCACCUCUGCCCGAAUGUUAGGAUCAGCUCAUGAAGUCGACAACUAUGCUACAGAAAAUGACCUUCGACACUCAGGGCGCGGUAUUACUGGUGGACAACUUCGCAACGAGGCAAAAGCAUCAGCUGUCGCUGCUGGACAGACUUCUCCCAACAUACAGCAAUCGAUACCUGUACUACCCCAGAUCCAGCGGACACCUGCACUGAUUGAUGUAGAACUCGACACGUUUGGACAUGGAAUUAUCACCUUCUCAAAAGCCAGAGAACAAAAACUGUGGAUUGGCCAUAACCACUCAGGGAAGGCUUUCUGUUUGACGUGUCCAUGUGCAGUCAUGGUUGCCCCCACAGGUGCAGACUUUCCGUGUCCGAUGACGGAGGGAACCCACCAUCUCAUACCGCGGUUUUUCCACCUUGAUCCUUUCACCGACAAUGACGCCUUGGUUCACUUUCGUGACGUACACAAGGAGACAUUCUCAGAUAUCGGGGGGAUGUUGCGAAAGUACGGCAGUGAAAUACAAACCGAGAACAUCAGAUUAGACAUGUGGGCUAUCGCAGGCCAUAAUAUGUCUAUACAGCUGUGGCAAGAGAAUUUUGAUGAAGAGCUCAGGGAGGCCAAGUCAAAAAUGCUGCAACAAUGUCAGAAGGCUGAUUACUUGGUCCACUCGAAGCCCAGGAGCAUAAAGAGAAGUAAAGUUCCUGCGAAUAAUUUCGUCUUCUCCAGGCCUGAACUGCAUGAGGAAUGGAUAGUGUACUGCCCAAUCCCCACUUGCUCUGAGCCAAACUUCGUGGAUGACCCUUUGCACGACAGCACUGCCAUCCAUCACUUUCAAAAGCACGACAUGCAACUCAAUGACAAUCAGAUUCUUAACGUCUUCGGUCUCAGAGUCAUCCCUGAUUUGAAAAGUACGAACACACACGAACCCCAACACGAGCCUCGUUCGGUCAACGGCCUAGAACCUGUUCCAGCGGUUACACAGAAUGGAGACCAGUCUGUCCGCCCAGAGGCUAGGGAAGUAAAGAAACGUCCCCGGAGAACCUGUCAACGCAAAGCUGUUCCAGCAGCUAUACAGAAUGGAGACCAGUCUGCCCGCCCACAGGCUAGGCAAGCAGAGAGACGCUCCCAGAGAAAGAGAACCUAUCCACCCAAAGCCAGGGGCAACGUCGAGGGAAAAAAAUACAGUCCUUGGAUUGCUGGUGAGCAGAUGAUCCAGUACAACGGUGUCAAAGUGGAGCGCAUAACCUGCCGAAGGGACCUUGAACGGGGACAUGGUGCUAUAAACACUCAGUAUGAGUUUCACUUCGCAGGCUGCCAUAAAGGCGAGUGGGUCAGCAUCAGCAAGCUCAACGAACUCAGAGAGAUUGUGGAGAGCUUUGACAGGGGAAAUGGGGAAAAAACUCCAUGGCUUGCCAAGCAAAAAAAAGUUCUAGGUAUCUAG